UCGCUUUUUUUCUAACUGUCAGGAUACACAGUUAGCCUUUAUAGCUGUGUUGGUAGUGAUUUACAACCCUAAAUGAACCGCUUUAAUCGUAAAUCGUGAGAUUAACAUUUGACCAUCGAGGCUAGGCUUGCUACAUUCUUCUCUGAUAACUAUAUUUCUCCAGAGUCAGUCGUCAUGGGUGAAGUUGAGCUCUCCUGUCGGGCUUAUGUGAAGAUGUACCUGCACGCCUGUCUGUUUCCACGGUGCAGCAUCAACGGGCUGCUGCUGUCCUCCAGCUCUGCGGGCGGAGCUGUGUGUGUGACUGACUGUGUGCCGCUGCUUCACUCACACCUGCCCCUGGCUCCCAUCACUCAGCUGGCUCUCACACAGGUGGAUGUGUGGUGUUCACAGACGCAGCAAAGGAUAGUGGGAUACUAUCAAGCCAACGCCUGCGUUUCAGAUAGUAGCCCGACACCAUGUGCACUGAAGAUAGCUGAUAAGAUUGCUGAGCAGUUUGACAGUGCCAUUUUGUUAAUGCUUGAUGGUAGUAAGAUGUCUCCAGACUAUCGGGUUCCUCCCAUAGUGAUGUACGAACGGAAAGAUUCAAGAUGGAUGCUCAAAGACAAACACACGAUAAUGCUGAGACAGUGGGAGGAGACUCGGGCGAUAGCCAGUCAGAUGCAGGAGUCUGGCGAUCACACGCUAUUGGUGGAUUUUGACAGCCACUUGGACGACAUUACAAAAGACUGGACCAAUCAGAAACUUAACACCAAGAUAGCAGAGCUCGCCUCGCCAGCCAACGGGAACAUCUAGACUGAGAAGUGGCGUCAGUUUGUACCAGAGCGCAGAUUAAUUUAUGUUCUAACCCAAUGUCAUGUUCACAUGUGACAUGUAUAACACAACACAACCGGACUUAUGAUACAUACAUUUAUUUUAAUGCAGCUUCAUGACUGAACAGGGACAUAACAUAGAACAUGCAUAAAUAACAAACAAUUUACAUCUUGGUAGAUCUCUGCAGUCUUCCACCCCUCUGUCACCCCCCCCCCCCCCCCCCCCCCCCCCCCACCCCCACCCCCCCUUCAGAGUGUGCCUUGUGGCUUAGCCCAACACCCUGCUGUUAUACAGAAAAGAAUUCCACCUUAAAAUCACCUUGUUCACACUAUUAUCACAAAGCACCUGUGGUAUUUCUGGUCCCUUGUGGUCAUUUGAUGCUGUUAUUUUUCCUACAUAAAACAGAAGCUACAAGAGUGGAGAGAUGUAACAAGCAGCUUUCAAUACAAAAGUCCUGCAGUAAAUAUCAGUUUGUUGAAGCUCAGGUGGUCGGUGGUAGAUUUAAGGUGUUAAACAGAUGUUGCUUUUAAAUGUAACUCCUGAGGUCAAAUUUUGGCUAUGAUGAGUCAAGUUUAUGAUAUUCUUGGUGUUAAAGUGCUUAAACUUAUUGAAAAGUGACGUGGACUUGUUACCUUUUCAGAAACAGUUCAUGUUUUUUUGUUUCCUGCUAGUGAAGUAUCGUUAUUUAAAAAAAAAAAAAACAGCUUCAGAAAUAUUUACUUACAUAACAAACUUUCAGCUCCAAACUUCUAGAAAAACUUCCUUUCAUUAGUGGCUCAAAUUGACUAUUGUGAGCCCUUGAAUGCACCAAAACAUCAUUUUUUAUCUGUGGUUUUUGUAACUGAACAGUUAUCUGUCCACUUUGUGACUUUGUGCUUUACGCUGUCUUGAAAACCUCAGUUGUUUAAAGUUGUCAAAUUUCUUUUAAAGCUGAUCAACUGCUUAUUGCUACUGACAUUACUCAUUUAUAGUGGCUGCUUCCUUCUUGAAUGAGGAAUAACGUUCAUGUGCAACAGGAUAUAUGUAACACCUAAAAAACUACCAAACCUCUGACAGUCUAAAGAAAAAGCAGAUAUUCUGUGCUUCAGCAGACUGUAUUUACUGCAGGAUUGUUGUAUAGAACUGAAUGAUUUUCUGUUGUUUUGUUGACCCCAAUGUAUCGUGUAUCCAGAACAGCUACAACAGAGUCUGACAGGAAGACAUUUUAAAAGCUUUUAAAAUAUCUAAAACUUUGUCAGACUUUUGGUGUAACUGUCAAGACACUAAUCUCAAGUUUACAUGAGUAAAAUGAACCUUAGAUGAGUGUAGAUUAGAUUAGUUCACAUAAUCCCUAAAACUGCACUGAAUGUCCCAGAUGUAGGAGUAUAACAGGCGGGAUUUUUCCUUUUUAUUGAUCCUGAAUUAGCACCACUAUGGAGCUGACACAAAAGGUGCAGUGCCCUGUCUCUCGGCAAGAGUGUGAAACUUUGUAUCUAUUAAAAGACAAUAUUAAACCCA